CCACACUGGGGGGAGCAUCUCAGCCACGGCGCAUCCUCCUUAGUGGACUCCCAUGAGCCUUCAAAGUUCAUCGUUUGUUCAUGUCAUCCACCUUUAAAUCAAAAAGAAGAUCACGUUUGACAUCGUUGUCUGAUGUCAUGUAGAAUGUUGCUCUCCACUGCCAGGAUUUAAGUCAUGAAUAACACACGAUGGCCUUCUCAUGGCAGAGGGAGUAAAUAAGCCGUUAGCUCACACGUGCUGAUGUUAUCUACAUACAUAUGAAAUCUCUUCUUGCCAGAAGUUUUACACCGAACACGUGCGCGAUUUCCUGUCUAGCCCUAUGUUAACAGCAGAAUUUGAUGUGUUCCAGAAGAGGCUCACAGCAAAAAUAGAUCCCAAUCCUAUCUUCAGCAGUUCGCCAUACCGCGCCACGACGAGCCACCCCUGGGACACACCUGAAUGAUGCUCCAAACACUAAUGAUGAUGAGUUACAUCAGAGCCAUUCAAUUCCGAGCGUCGAGGCCCGGUAUCCAGCACAUUCAGUGGUUUCCCUAGUCCAACACACUAGAUUCAGUGGUUGAAUCACAUGUGCAGCAGCUCAUCAGGCUCUGCAGAAGCCUGUUUGUCACGGCCUUUAUACUUCCAAAAAAUACGAUUUCCAACAAAAGGCCGUUGGUGAAAACAGGUGAUUUCCUUUAAGCACGCACUUUAGACUUGAUUUCUUGCAAAUAUUAUAAAUGAUUUAUUCUUCCAAAAAAGAGUUCAAAAUUCAUUCAAAAUGUUCUACUUUUGAUCAAACAAAAAUUAACCUUAAAAUAAAUUAUCAGGUCUAAAAAAAUGGUCAAAAAAUCAUUUGACAAAAUCCUCCCAUUUUUCCUGACACUUGGCCAACAAACAUUCUUUCGCACGCCUCCCCAUGUGCUACUAAUCAGCUUAAUGACUAAGGCGUGUCCAAAAAAUUCACAACUACAUCAAUUUGCCAAAAAAUAAAAAAUUAACAAAUUUAAAUUGCAAACUUUACUUAUUAUAAAGGGAAUGAUAAAAGAAGAAAUUCUAAAAGAAAUGUAUAACUAACAGAUUUAUGUUACUUUACUGAAACCACACUGUUAAUCACCUGCUGAUUGAGAUCAGGUGUGUUGAAGCACAGAUGGAACUUGGGAUUCAAACCAGCAACUCAUUGCUUACAAGACAAAGUCCUGAACCAGCGUUGCCCAUGCUAGAAUGUAUUUGAUGUAUAGGAGACAGGAAAUGUAACCCAAACCCUAAGAACAGUCGGCUGAAAUCUGUUGUAGUUUUUAAAAGAAUGAAUUACUUAGUCGUGUUACUGUGUGAUGUGGUGGCGUAGACAUUCAUUGCUUUUGGUUUGCAAACUUUGAUCUGCCAGUUAUGACCAAAAAAAGCAAACAAAAUAAAACUAAAUGUUUGUACUGAGCUGAGGUUUUGAAUUAGUGAGUUGUGCAGACGCCACCCCGCCUGUGACCCAGAGUUAGCCCAGGGACUGACACCAGCCCCCAACCCAGCAACCCAACACACGACGUCCCACACCAGCUAAACCCGCUGACAUGAGUGGUGAAUGUUUCCAGGGCUGUGUGACAUACUUGAACAUGUUUAGCUAAUUCUAUUCCUACCAGCAAGUGGCAUUCAGUAAACAACGUAAAUCUUAUCACACACAUUAGGGGCAGCUAAUUAAGGAAAACGUGUCCCGUUGGAAUAGGCUCAAAUGAAUUUCAGUAAUGCUGAAAUGUAGAACACAACGGCAAGGUAAGUGUUGUGUGCUGCAGCAGCAGAGAGGAAUACAUCAACAUAAUUAAAGCCUGGAUUAUUACAGGUUCAGUAGCUUAUUCUAAAGAGAGGCUUUAGGCAAUGAUAUUGGAAAAGAAACAUGGAGGUCAAGUUUUACCUGCAUGCAAAAAUAAAUGAUCGUUAGGAUAAUAUAUGUCACCCACCACAUGCACAGGUGAAUAAUGAGGUCUGAAAUCUACACAAGUUAUGACUAAUGAAGCCUAAAGUAAGGUUUUUUGCUGUCGGUGUGGCUGAAAUGAUCAUACGGGUGAAAGUGUCAGCCAGUCACAUGAAACACAUCAGCUGUGUGUUCUAACGUGAAUCAGAGUCAUGAGCAACUGUUUGUUUUUGUCUGUUUCUGCACAGUGGGACGCCAUUAAUGAGAUGGACGAGUACUUCACCCCCAUCCACACAUACCAGGUCUGUAAUGUGAUGAGCCCCAGCCAGAACAACUGGCUCAGGACGGACUGGAUUCCCAGAGAAGGAGCCAGGAGGAUCUACAUUGAGGUCAAGUUCACCUUGAGAGACUGCAACAGCAUGCCUGGAGUCUUGGGCACCUGCAAGGAAACCUUCAACCUGUACUAUUACGAGUCUGACAGGCCCGCAGGCUCGGCCAUAAGAGAGAACCAGUUCAUUAAGAUUGACACCAUUGCUGCAGAUGAAAGCUUCACAGGAGUGGACCUGGGAGUUCGCAGACUCAAGCUCAACACUGAGGUGCGAGGUGUUGGACCUUUGAACCGCCGAGGCUUCUACCUGGCCUUCCAAGACAUCGGUGCCUGCAUAGCCCUCACCUCUGUCCGGGUGUACUAUAAGCGCUGUGUGGGUGUGAGCCGCAACCUGGCAGUUUUCACCGACGUGGUGACGGGGGCUGACUCAUCCUCACUGGUGGAGGUCAGGGGUCAGUGCGUGGAUCAUGCUGAGGAAAGGGACACGCCCAAGAUGUAUUGCAGCGCAGAGGGCGAGUGGUUGGUGCCCAUUGGGAGGUGUGUGUGCUCCGCAGGGUUUGAAGAGCACCGAGACUCCUGCGUUGCAAAGACUACAACUCCCAUGAUGCUUUGCGGAGCCGAAGCGCCCCCUCCUUCGUGUUUUUUCCAGCGUCUGCUGCCGGUGUCUACAGCUCCGCAUGGAACUAGGAUUGGGACAAUAUUCAGUGUAACUUGUACCAAGUUUUGUAACUUCGAACAUGUUUCAUCACAUGUAACUUUGGAUUUGUAACUUGUAACUUUAGUUUUCUAACUUGUAAUUCUCAAUUCGUA